GCGCCGGAAGUGCUCCUCCGGAAGCCGGGGGGCGGCACGCGCCUCCUCACCAUGGCGACGGCCCGGGCCCCGCGGCGUUUCUGCCGCUGCGCCUGCUUCUGCACCGAGAACUUGUACGUAGCGCGCUACCGGCUCCACGUGCGCUUCCAGGGCGAGCAGCAGCUGCUCCGGGACUACGGCCGGAUCCUGCGCAGCCGAGGGUGUGUCAGCCCCAAGGACUUCCAGGAGCUGUUGGGAGAGCUUGAGCAGGAGGUAGAGCGGCGGCAGCGGCUGGGGCAGGAGUCCGCCGCCAGGAAAGCCCUCAUUUCGAGCUCCUACCACCCGGCGCGGCCUGACCUCUACAACACACUGCAGGAUGAGGCUCUGGCCCCUGAGUUUUUGGCUGCAGCUGAGUACAGCGCAUCACCAGGUGCAGACCUCGAAGGCCUUCUCCAGCGGCUAGAGAUGGUGUCUGGGGAGAAGCGGAUCUACCGGCUGCCCGUGUUCACAGCACCAUUCUGCCGGGCCCUGCUGGAGGAGCUGGAGCACUUUGAGCAGUCAGACAUGCCCAAGGGAAGACCCAACACCAUGAACAACUAUGGGGUGCUGUUGCACGAGCUAGGCCUGGAUGAGCCUCUGGUGACACCACUGCGGGAGCGCUUCCUGCAGCCACUGAUGGCGCUGCUGUACCCAGACUGUGGUGGAGGUUGGCUGGACAGCCACCGUGCCUUCGUGGUCAAAUACGCACUUGGCCAGGACCGCGAGCUAGGCUGCCACUAUGAUAAUGCUGAGCUCACCCUCAACGUGGCCCUCGGCAAGACCUUCACUGGGGGUGCCCUGUACUUCGGGGGCCUCUUCCAGCCCAGCUGUCUGCAGGCGCCGUCAGCCCUGGCCAGGCCCCUGGAAGUGGAGCAUGUGGUGGGCCAGGGCAUCCUGCACCGGGGCGGCCAGCUGCAUGGGGCCCGGCCCCUGGGCACAGGUGAGCGCUGGAACCUCGUCAUCUGGCUUCGGGCCUCUGCUGUGCGCAACCGCCUGUGCCCCAUGUGCUGCCGCAAACCCGACCUGGUGGACGACGACGAGGGCUUCGGCGAUGGCUUCACCCGCGAGGAGCCCACCGCUGUGGAUGUGUGCAUGCUGACUUGAGCCAGGUCGGGCCACGUGGGGGUAGCGUGGCAGGCCAGGGCUCUGCCUCCUAGGGUUGGGUGGGACAGGAAUAAACUCCCUCAGCCUUCAGGCACUUUUUGGUUCAAAAAGACACACAGGCUUCUGUGUCAUUCUUUCGGCAGACAGGCUGUCUUAGGUCAGGUUUGUUGGAGCCAGAGCCUGAGACAGGGAUUCCUGGGCAGGUGGUUUGUUGAGGGAACACCUUCAGGAGAAGGAGGACAGGGUGGAAAGGAGCUAAGCCAAGAUGUAGUUUCAAAGGGCAGCCAGCCUCAGCUUAAUUCCAGGGAGUGCUCUGGGGCAUAGACCUAGCAGUGUGUGCCCUGCAUCAGUGCGGCCACAGGGUGUGUCUGGGCUGGGGGGUGAGGAGGUGGCAGUCACUUCCCAGACCUCCGUCUCCAGGGCAGGUGGCUCCCAGUGGCCAAGGGAACCUUCCAGAGUACAGGAGUGAGUUAGCCUUGGGCACCAUGGUUGGGGUGGAGAGUGUCUGUCUAUAAAGGGAAUUUCAGUGAGACACCGACUAGCAACUUGCAGUUGGUGUUAAGGGCUUAAGAGCAGGGACCCUGGAGCUAGACUGCCUGGGUUCAAGUUCUAAUUCUGCUGCGUCCAGGGGUGCGAUUGUGGGGCAGCCACAUGACUUCUCUGUGCCUCAGUUUCCUCUCCUGGAAAGUACUUAUCUCCUAAAGCUGUUGUGAAAGUCAAAUGCCUUAACGUUCAUAAAGUGCUUUAUAGCAGG